CUCCAAAACAAAGGGCAGGCGGCCCGCGGGGCGGCGGCGGGAGGAUGCCUCGCGCCGGGCCAGGGCGCCAACGGCCAGACCGCGUCCCGGGCCACACCGGGACCGCCUGAAAGCCGAGCCCGCGCCGACCGAGCCUGGGCCGGAUGGGCGCUGCGGACCGGGCCGCGGACCGCCGAGCGGCCGUCACACUGUUUUUCUCUUGACCCAGUGUGUGGACACUACCACACGCCCUCCAGACCAGCGACGGCUCUUGCGUGUAUUUUCCAGUGUUUCUUCUGUCAGAGAGUCCGACAGAGCCAUAGUUCCUCCAGUGCUGGCCCGGAGCUGAGGGACGAGCGCCCUGCAGACAUGGUAAAAAUGACCAAGUCCAAGACUUUCCAAGCUUACCUGCCGCACUGUCACAGAACGUACAGCUGUAUCCACUGCAGAGCCCAUCUGGCCAACCAUGAUGAGCUCAUCUCCAAGUCCUUUCAGGGGAGUCAGGGGCGAGCCUACCUCUUCAACUCCGUGGUGAAUGUGGGCUGCGGCCCUGCUGAGGAGAGAGUCCUUCUAACUGGGCUGCAUGCAGUGGCUGACAUCUACUGUGAGAACUGCAAGACUACACUCGGGUGGAAAUACGAGCAUGCCUUUGAGAGCAGUCAGAAAUACAAAGAAGGAAAGUUUAUUAUUGAACUUGCCCACAUGAUCAAAGACAAUGGCUGGGAGUAAAGGGAGCGCUCCACUCCUGAGUACUGUUUUAUGAAAGCUGAGUGUGAGGAAGACCUGGCUUCCGGGACAACACUGCUUGAACUUUGACUUCACAGGCCCAGGCCGGCCCAGUUCAACACUUGAAGGCCUCUCUCUUGACUGUUCACUUGGGUAAGGUGCCCCCAAAUGAGCCCCUUCAUGGACACUGUUGUUUCCAGAAGUUUGCAUUCUUUUCCUAACUUCUUAUGUUCUAGAGAAAGAAUUACCCAACGGAUGACUCAGCUGCCUAGUUAAUAACUGCACGCCUUCCACAUAGUCCGCUGCGUUUUCACCAAACCCAAGUCCCUAAAAGCACAGAAGCAGGGUCUCUUUUACAAGCAAGGCAUAGUGACCACUUAAGAAUCUUCUAGAAGUAGUCAAAACAUUUGUAUGCAGAGCAUAUGGCUUCAAAACUGAAACCAGUCACUGGUAACAUCUUAAAGAAGCCAAGGAAGAAAGCAUUCCAUGCGCUUUAUUUGCGCUAAUAGCUACAUCCCGUUUCUUUAUGUAGAAAGCAAGUGACUAGUGGCUAAGCAUUCUGUCCCCAGGCCUACAGAAGUCUGCCACCGAGGUGACUCCCUCAGCGCGCACAGCACAGCAGCUUGUCUGUGGGGCUGGUCCCUGGCAGAGAGCAGCAGGCUGGGUCACUUUAUACCCUGGAUGUACUUGAAAUACAGUUACUUAUGCACACGGAGGCCAGAGCCAGCAUGGGAAACUUCAGCACCUGAGAUUUCCCAUGAUAAAGGGAGAGUUCUCUUAGUUUGGGAGCUGCCUUUCCUGCCUGGGACGGAUCACCUCAUGACCUGACAGGGCUACCCCCCAUCUGCAUCUCACUAGUCCUCCACGCUUGUACAGGGAGUGGCCAGUUAGCAGAGGACAGAGGACAGAACCAUUCCCCGAUAAGCUUUGCGUUUGAACUUUUUGUACCGAACACAGGGCAGAAGAGCAGGAAGGCCUGGGAAGGCUGAGUGCCCACAAGCUGGGAAGGCAGCAUGCCGGAAAAAGCGCUCAGCCCUAGCUGCUGCCUGGAGUGUACUUAGCUCAAGAGCACCUUCUAUCCUCUGGGCUCCCAGCCCCAAACCUUGUAAACCCAGCUCCUCUGGCCAGCACAGGCACUUCAUUCGGCUGCUCCAGCUCCCUGCUCACUCCAAAGCCUUCAUUUUGUUGUCAACUUUUUGCCCAAGAUCAGAAGCCUGGUAAUACAAUCUGGGCAAUGGCAGACAUGUUUGCACAGUCUGUGACCCUCUGCCUGGUCCCGGCCGAAGCUGCUUUCUCCCUGACAUGUCCUGGUUCUCUCCAGACUAAGGCUGACCCAAAGCACGGUUACUUCACCCAGUAAGGUAACUGCUGAAACCCAGCACAGGCAGCUAGUCCAUGUGUGAAAUCUAGCAUGGCCCAGACUCCAUCCUUGUCCAGAAUGAACACAAGUCAACAGUCAGCUCAAAGUGGGCAGGCACCCUGGCUAGUUUUCAAUACUCUGGCAAGUGGGAACUUAGUAGCUGAGGCCUGGGAGACCAGAUGUCACCACUGCUUCCUUAAACUGAAGAAGCUAGAACUGUGACCAGUUUUUGUACAUACGAAGAUUAUAUUUACAGCGUCUUAUGUUGCGGGCAAGCUUUCCGCCCUUCUACCUGAGCACUUUGUACUGUCUUCUGUGAUAGCAUUGACUGGGAAUUUUCGCUAGUACUCUUUAUGACUUGUUUUGUAUUGGGGGCGGUUAAUGGAUACCAACAAAACUUUUAUGGAGUUUUUUGGAUUUUGUGUUGGCCUACUGUGAAAUACAAAUUUUUAAAUCAAAAGAACUGACCAUGAGCUGGCUUCAGGGGAAGUGAUGCAAGGCCACACCCAGAUGUGCUGGUAAACUACUGAACCACCCCACCUCCGUACAUCUCAAAACAGUGUCACUCUGUGACUAUUCUAGAAAUGUGUUCUUAGAACAGUGGGAGGUGAUACCAGGUCAUAAACACCACUUUGCUUUGGAAAUGCGA